AUGGCUCAAGCAUCCAAGGUUCCUGCCCAGCAGUUCCUAGACUUUGUCAAUGCUUCCCCUACUCCCUUCCACGCUGUGCAAUCUGCCAAGGACCUUCUGGCCAAGGCUGGAUUUCAGGAAAUCAAGGAAAAAGAUUCCUGGGCCUCCACUUGCAAGCCCGGUGGCCGUUACUAUCUGACUCGCAACACCACCACUCUUAUCGCCUUUGCGAUCGGUCAGAAAUGGAAGCCGGGCAAUUCCAUCGCUAUGAUUGGUGCCCACACUGACUCCCCUGUCCUGAAGGUCAAGCCUGUCAGCAAGAAGCAGGGUGAAGGUUAUAUUCAAGUUGGUGUUGAGUGCUAUGGUGGUGGCAUCUGGCACACCUGGUUCGACCGUGACUUGGGUGUCGCUGGCCGGGUCAUGACUCGUGACAGCAACGGAUCCAUUGUCCAGAAGCUAGUCAAGGUUGACCGUCCCAUUCUUCGCAUCCCCACUCUGGCUAUUCACCUCGACCGCCAGGAGAACUUCUCCUUCAACAAGGAGACCCAACUCUUCCCCAUUGCUGGCCUAAUUGCCAAGGAGCUCAACCAGACCAGCGAGUCCAAUGCCGAGACCAAGGAGGAUGAAUACGCCCCCUUGAAAACUGUCACUCAGCGUCACCACUCCCAAUUUGUCAAGCUCAUCGCGGCCGAGGCUGGAGUCACCCCCGAGGACAUUUUGGACUUUGAGAUCACUCUUUUCGAUACCCAGAAGUCCUGCUUGGGUGGCAUGAGUGAGGAGUUUAUCUUCUCCCCCCGUUUGGACAACCUGAACAGCACUUACUGUGCUACUGCAGCUCUCACCGAGUCUGCUCCCUCUGAGAAGGCUCUCGAGAAUGAAGAGGCCAUCCGCCUGAUUGCCCUGUUCGACCACGAGGAGAUUGGUAGCCGUACCGCCCAGGGUGCGGACUCGAACAUCCUCCCUUCCAUCAUCCGCCGUCUGUCGGUGCUUCCUUCAUCUACCUCCUCCUCUGAAGACGUCUCGACCGCCUACGAGCAGACUCUUGCCACUUCCUUCCUGGUCUCUGCCGACAUGGCCCACGCCAUCAACCCGAACUACGCUCAAAAGUACGAAUCUGACCACAAGCCCGAGAUGAACAAGGGUUGUGUGAUCAAGAUCAACGCCAAUGCCCGCUAUGCGACCAAUUCUCCCGGUAUCGUUUUACUCCAGGAGAUUGCCCGUAAGAAGGGCGAGCAGGACAGUCUGCCUGUUCCCCUGCAGCUGUUUGUCGUCCGCAACGACUCGAGCUGCGGUAGCACGAUUGGACCUAUGCUGUCUGCUGCUCUGGGUGCCCGUACUCUGGAUCUGGGUAACCCCCAGCUGAGCAUGCACAGCAUUCGUGAGACUGGUGGUACUUUCGAUGUUGACCACGCCAUUCGCCUCUUCACCGGAUUCUUUGAGCACUACUCGGAGUUGGCCCCGAAGAUCUUCGUGGACUAA